UUGGAAGUGAAACAAGAGUGAGACGGAGCGCAGAGGAGAGAUUUUCUUAUCCUGUGUCUUCUGUUAUUUUGACCGGCGGAGAGAGAAGCUGAUAAAGUCCAACGAUGGCUGCCGCAAGCGGAGUCGGGGUGGUGGGGCUCACCGUCGCGGCCAGGCCGUCGUCCUCCAAGCUUCCCAGGCCCUGCUCUCGCGUUCCCGUGAGAAUGUCCGUGUCCCUCGAUGAGAAGAAGAAGGCGUUCACUCUCCAGAAAUCCGAAGAAGCUUUCAACGCCGCCAAGGAAUUGAUGCCCGGAGGUGUGAACUCCCCCGUCCGCGCAUUCAAAUCCGUGGGUGGCCAGCCUAUUGUGAUGGAUUCUGUCAAGGGAUCUUGCAUGUGGGACAUUGAUGGCAACGAGUACAUUGACUAUGUCGGGUCUUGGGGUCCUGCCAUUAUUGGUCAUGCUGACGAUGAGGUCCUGGCAGCCCUUGCCGAGACAAUGAAAAAGGGAACCAGUUUUGGUGCUCCCUGUCUUCUGGAGAAUGUUCUGGCUGAGAUGGUUGUUUCUGCAGUUCCAUGCAUAGAAAUGGUUCGGUUUGUCAAUUCCGGCACAGAAGCAUGCAUGGGCGUGCUCCGACUCGCCCGCGCCUUCACUCGGCGGGAGAAAAUAAUCAAAUUUGAGGGUUGCUAUCACGGUCAUGCUGAUCCCUUUCUUGUGAAGGCCGGCAGUGGUGUUGCUACUCUAGGGCUCCCGGAUUCUCCCGGCGUUCCAAGAGCAGCCACCAUAGACACUCUGACUGCUCCAUUCAACAACAUCUCUGCCGUGGAAGAGCUUUUCGAGACCCACAAGGGGGAGAUUGCUGGUAUUAUUCUGGAACCUGUUGUGGGAAAUUCAGGCUACAUUGCUCCUAAACCCGGUUUCCUCGAAGCCAUGCGCAAGAUUACGAAAGAUAAUGAUGCUCUCCUCAUCUUCGAUGAAGUCAUGACGGGAUUCCGCUUGUCUUACGGUGGUGCGCAGGAGUACUUUGGAGUAAUUCCCGAUCUGACGACUCUAGGUAAGAUCAUCGGUGGCGGUCUUCCUGUCGGUGCAUAUGGUGGGAGGAGGGACAUCGUGGAGAUGGUUGCGCCGGCUGGACCGAUGUACCAGGCAGGUACCUUGAGUGGGAAUCCCUUAGCAAUGACGGCCGGAAUCCACACUCUUAAGCGGCUGAAGGAGCCUGGAAGCUACGAGUACUUGGAUAAGGUGACUGACGAACUUGUCCGAGGCAUUGUGGACGCUGGAAAGAAGGCUGGGCAUGCCAUUUGUGGCGGAUACAUAAGAGGGAUGUUUGGCUUUUUCUUCACAGAAGGGCCUGUUUACAAUUUUUCGGAUGCGAAGAAGAGUGACACUGAAAAAUUCGCAAGGUUCUACCAAGGAAUGCUAAGGGAAGGCGUGUACUUUGCCCCUUCCCAGUUUGAAGCUGGAUUCACCAGUUUGGCACAUUCUCCUGAAGACAUCAAGAAGACGGUGGCAGCAGCUGAAAAGGUCUUCCAACAGAUUUAGGGCAUUGUGGUUGUACUACUAUUUAUUGUGGCCCGGUUUUGUUUUUAACAUUCGUACCUUUUUCCUUCUGUAGCACGAUUAUCUUCUUUGUAGGUUAAUCAAAAAGUGUGUAUGUGAAAGAGAGAGGGUUGCCCUCCUUAGUUCUUGCACAUUUUGGAUUCA